AUGGGGUAUGAAGACAUUGGAUCUACAAGCAUUGUCAUUAAGAGCGAGCCUCAAGAUGUCGCUGGGGAGCAGCGUUGUGAAGAUGAUGUGGUUGCCUCACACCUAACGGGCAGCAGUCAAGACACUGAAGGCUCACAGGAAGCCGACCUCCCCCAUCGUUGCGAGCUUUGCCACCAGCUCUUCAACACGCCGCAACGCCUGCUCCAGCACUCCGUCGUGCACUCGCGGCAGUUGCCGUUCUGGUGCGCCCACUGUGGUGCUGCAUUUGCAAGCCCCGAAGACAAGGCAGAACACGAGAGCUCUCAUGUCGACAAGCGGCAGUACCGCUGCGUGCUGUGCUACAAGUUGUGCAGUCACGAGCCCAUGCUCCGAGAGCACAUGCGAAUCCACUACGGGCAGCCUGGAUUCCAUUGCCACCUGUGCCCUCUUGUGUGCGUAGUUUGA